UCAUCAGCCUCGUUGUACUACAAUCCCUCGAAGAAGACGAAGAAGCAACAAGAAGCAGAAGAAGAAGAAGAAGUAGUAAAAUCAAAACGUCCCAUGUUUGCACCACAACCAAUCACACUCCACACCAGUUCCCACCGCCGCACUCCAGCAUUUAGCGGUCGUCCUUCGGGUGUCGCACGCAUUUCUCGCAUCGCAUCACCACCUAUCCCAUUGUCAUUGGUAUACAUGUCCGUAAGAGCGGCCCUUGUCCGCGGCUCGGUCGACUCGGAGGUCGGUCAUGUUUUCAUUGGUCUAUCCGUAGCAUUGCACAGUGUAUGCACUGUUUGUAUGUGUCUGGGGGGGGUAUACAGAGUGGCAUGGGACGAGCGCCACAGCCAUGGAGUGAGCGCGACAAUCAUGGGCGAGCGCCACAGUCAAAGCUUGGAUGAGGCACUGAGGGGGGACUUUGCCUCGAACAAUGGUCUCCACUCGGUCCUGAUGGGCUGGUGGCGGGUGGGUCGACUUCGGUCAGGUGCAGUGGGGACCAAGGGGGUGGGAAUGUGGCUGAGAUGCCGGUGGGCGCGGUGGGAGUGGGAACGCUGAUCUCGGCAAGGCCCUCACGACCAUCGCACAUCGCCGACGUCACGGCGGUCCGGCGAUCAGCGAAUACUUGGUUCCUCCGAGAUCUCCACUCUCGCCAGCGCCAGUCCUCUCAUGCCUCUCAGAAUACCGGACGCCGAGCACCUCGAAUUUCGCGGCACGGCAGCGCGGCACACGUCAGCCGUGCCGCCACGCGCACCUGACGGCGCACGGCUACCUCC